UCUCAGUGAAUUUUUGGGGGAAAAAAUCGUCGCUGAUAUGCAGGUCGUAUCUAAAGCUAAGCCGCUUUUCUUUGCCUGGAAAAGCAGAGUCCCUAGAAACUUUUCCAAAUGCUUGUGUCACCACCAUUAUGAAAGUGAAAAGAGAACUCUCAGAGGGAGCGAUCAUCUAUCACGAGUAACUUACGGAAAAAAUAUGGCACCUCUUACCUUUUCAGUGAUAAACACAAUUCAGAGACAUUUCUGUGCAGGUCCAUCAGAAAAAGGGGGACAGGAAUCACAAGAUCCAACUAAAGGUCAAGAUCAUGUCGAUGACCCAAAUUCAUCUGAAGUGUCUGAAGGAGAUGGCUGUCCUAAAGGUACUCUGGACUUUCAGGAGGUUGAAUCCAGACAGGAGGGACUUUUGGAUGAGGAGAUUGAGGAUUUCUAUCGUGAGGCAGAGGAAGAUGAGGAGGACAAGGAAUGGGUGCCUCCUGUAAGCCUAACAAGAGGGAAAACAGGCGUGUUUGAUAUUGAGGAGCUGGUUACCAUUCUUGAAGCGGAGAAUGGGAGCGAUAUUUGUGUUAUAAAAAUCCCUCCAGAAAUCAAUCUGACAGACCAUAUGGUCAUAGUCAGUGCCAUCUCAAUUCGCCACCUACGAGCCAUUGUUUCAUCUGUCAACCACAUUUACAAACAAAGAAAGCAUGAAUCUGAUCCAUUCCUUCUCAUUUCUGGGGUAUCAGAUCCAAAAUCAGAGUGGCUGGCCAUGGACAUAGGCAAUGCUUUUUUACAUGUAAUGAUGCCGGAGACUCGCCAGAAAUAUGACCUAGAAGGCUUGUGGAUGUCUGGGGAGUAUAAUGUAGAUCAGGAGGAAGAGGAGGGGGAGGAGAUUGGACAGUUUGAAUGGAUCAAGGAGUUCAGACUCCAGAGAGAAAAAGUCCGUAAUACACAGGGAUCAAAAGCUGGUGAAAGUACCGUCAAAACAACCAACACAGAGAAGAAACAAGAGGAGCUGGACUGAAUAACAUAUUUAGACCUGAACUCCAAUUAAAAAUCAUAGAUCCUCGACUUCAACACAAAGCUUACAGAUAUUAAUAUUGUGUUUUAUGAUACAUGUUAACAUACAAUGUACCUUGAAAGUGUACAUGUAAAUGAACCCUGUGUAUACUGUAUGGUAAAUUGUUGACAACAGAAAGAAUACUAUGCUAAGUACAGUGUCCUUAGGCUUUAUCAUCUGAAAUUGACUUGAUUUAAUGGGCAUUUCUCGUAAGUGGGAUGAGAAUCUCACAAUAAAGAAUUCAUGUUUCAA